ACCUCAGCUUCGGAUUACUGAUUAUUUUGACCUAUAAAUAGACGUGUUGUGAUAUACUUUGUAUCUUAUCUCAUUACCCGAGCCUAAAGCUCCGAACCGUGUUUCACUUUUUAGAUAUUUUCGUUCAUUCGAUCGAUUAAAGAUUUGAUUAGCUGCGCUAGAAGAUGACAUUAGUUUCAGCACAAAGAUCUACGCUCAAUCCAAACGCCCCACUGUUCGUCCCUGCUGCGGUCCGGCAAGUAGAGGAUUUCUCCCCAGAAUGGUGGGACCUAGUAACAACCUCCACCUGGUUUCACAGCUAUUGGCUUAGUCAGCAAGACGCUGAAGACGGUUUCUUUGGAAACACACAAGAUGAUCUUGACAUUGUUGACAUCUUGCCUGAUUCCAUUUACGCUGAUGAAGACACCUUAACCAUGGAAUCAGAUUAUGAACAAUUCCUCCUUUUAUCCGAAAUGGAAAAACACACUUACGCCCCAUCUCUCAAGCAAAUCCCCAUCAAGGGUCUGGAAUUGGAACUGAAACCGAGGGAAAGGGGUCCAAAGUCGCCUGUGGAGAUGGCUAAGUAUUGGGAGAAGCCGGCUAAACCGGUUAGCCCAAAGGUUCGCACACAGCGCAUUCAGCAGCCACGUUAGAUGUGCUUAGUUUCGUUAAGGAUUUCUCUGGUCUAGGGUUAGCUUUCAGUUUAUAUAAUCAAAUCCAGUGUUGAGAAACCGGAGUAGUGUCUGUCUGUUUGUGUAAUGUUUGUAAUUUUCUGUAUAGGGCAAGGUCUCAGUUGUCGUCUCGUAUCUAGCCUUGUUCAUAUUCUGACAUCCUUUCAUUUCGACUAGCCAGGGAAAUGUAAACAUAAAUGUAAAAAAAAAUUGAAAAAUUUAGGAAUUAAUGAAGCAUCAAGCAUUUGAUCUUGUUUUUGUGCUUA